AUGGGAGCUUGUGAUGCGUGCAAGCGACGCAAAGUCAAGUGUGACAACGCGGACCCCUGCGCCAAUUGUAGCAUCUCGCGGAUAUCGUGUCAACACCGAAUCGUUCCCCGCAAACGGGGACGACCCGCCAAAAGUAGUUCGCGACAGCUGUCCCAGGAGGAAACAUGCGAGUCUAUCGAGGAGACUACCGCCGAUCUGAUAAAUGAUUCUCCUGUAAAUAGUCUUUCUGAGCAAGACGCGGCUUCUGACCCUCAAGCCACGAAUAUCCCAGAAGCACUGGCCACGCCCUUCAGCUCAGGCACUUUGGCAACGCCGGCCUCAGUCUCGACUGUCUUGAGAGAGACGUUGGGCCAAGGCUCUGUAGCUGCAUUUUCCACGGUUUCUCGCAAUCAGUUUGUUCCCGAUGCCGCACACAUCUUCCAGAAGCUUGCUGCCGCUGUCAAUCAUCAGCUGGCUGAUAAGGGUGAGACGAUAGCUACAUGCGCACACAAAUGUGUCGACAUAUUUAUGCAGUACCUAUUCCCUAAUACACCAAUUGCUCAUGAACCCACUCUCCGGUCGGCCGCUGCUCUUUUUGACCUCGAUGGCGACUUCCUGUCCUCGGAGGAUGAUGAAACACCAUCCAUAGAGACCCUGAGAGCAUUGACACUCAUCACAGCUCUCUGCACACUCGUCAACUCGGCCGUGUCUCAGGGGCUGUUCUCUACAUCAAAAUCUCUGACUUGGCUAUUCUACGACGCCUCGCGGGCGACCCUGAGGCUCUAUGAAGAAUACGACCUCGAGUUUCCGCAUUCCACGUCGUACAACAUCCGCAUAUGGCAGUCGGCCGCAUUACAAAACUCGACAGGGCGAGAUCGAGCUUCGUGGCACAUCCACGGCGAAGGUAUUCUCUUGGCUGUGAGGGCUAGACUAUAUGACGAGAAUGCCAUCAGUCGACUCUCACAACUCGAAGCGCAGCUUCUCCGUCUCAACUUUUGGCUAAUGUAUCUGGCGGACAAGACUGCCGCCGCAUUUGAAGCACGGCCUUCCAUGAUACCCAAUGACUACCUCGCGGAAAAGCUCACUCUUCGCGAACAGGGGGAUCAAGAUAGUUCACAGUUGGAUCUCUCCCGGCCUUGUAACGGCCACUCCCUCGAGAGGCGACUUAUAACUGGAUUUCAUCUCAAAAGGCGCCUUUGGGCCGCUGCUGCGGAUAUGAUCAGCGAGCUUAGGUUGUUUUCGACUCGGAAUCAAGUUUUUCUAGCGAAUACCGAGGUAGACCGUCCCGAUAUCUCUGGACUGGUUGAGCGCUACUUGAACUUUGUUGAACACGUUGACCACCUGCCAGAGUGGCAUCAGUCCCCUCAGCGUGCUCUCGAAGGUGUUGAGGCGCAGGUCGCAGAAUAUCAGGCGGCGAGCUACUGGGCUCAGAGAAGCAACAUCAUGUCUGUGUAUCAUUGUAUGAAACUCGUCAUCCUACAGAAAUGUAUAGAGAUGGCUGUCCCAGAGGUGGUGGGUCUCAAUCAAGAUCCAAUUGCUUGGGCCAUGCAGAAGUUGGAGACUGCUCGCGAGUUUAUCCGCGAAGUUCAGAUGGCCCCAUUCGCGUGUUUCAAGGUGCAGGGCGAGCCAGCGGUUGAACGGGUCCGCCGGGUGGGCAGUAUUCUUCUUGCCAUAGUCAAUAAUGCGCCAACUCCUACAAUAGAAAUAAGAGCUCGUAGCUUGUUCGAGCAAUUGUUGGAUAUUCUGGCCAACUUGGACUCGAAAGCAUCGGACAACUUGGAGGUACUGAGCUACUUUGUAGACAUGUGUCAGUGA